GUUUACGGUACCGUACCGUUCCUACCUACUAAAUUGGAAGGGAAUAUGUACCUAUAUCAUGCAAUCAGUUGAAAUUGUAAUGAAAUGAAAAGGUCAUAGUUCCAUGAAAUCCGUACAAAAACGCGUGUCGUACCAUUUUGUUUAAUAACAUUUUGUUUAAAAUUAACAACACGCAAACUCGUGAAAUUUAAAUAAAUAUUGCCGAUUCACCAAAUAUCGUAUAUUAGAUGUACUCUACUAUACAAUAACAAACUCGGUUUUAGAGUUUAGAGUAUUAUAUUAAUUCGUAGAAUAUUACCAAUUGCGAAAUGUGUAAAUUGUGAAAAAGACUGUUUUCAAACGAGACUACGACAAACGUAUUUUGUUCCCCUUCGUUGAAACUUGUUUAUAAACUUACAUGAACUUUUUUUUUCGACUUAGUGCUGUGUCUAUAUUUAAUCGUGUUCGCAAAAAAUUGCACAGCCUUCAUAUAACUUUAAAUCUGUUUCGGGUUCAGUCGGUUAAUAUGGGUUUGCUAACUGAAGGUAGCCCACUGUCUUGGGAGGAAACUAAAGCUUUGGCAGAGCACGUACGACAACAUGGUGUAGAACAAUUCAUUAAUUUGUACAGAAAACUUCAAGAUCGCACUGGUGAUGUUCUUAAGUGGGGUGAUGAGGUGGAGUAUGUGAUAGUGAAGUUCGAUGAUAAGAAUGAAAGAGCCACAGUAAGUCUUAGGGCAAAUGAGCUAUUGCCCAAGUUACAAGAAAAAGAACUUGCAGACCCACAGAAUGUAAAAUCCCUAUGGCGGCCGGAGUAUGGAGUCUACAUGGUAGAGGGUACCCCAGGAAAGCCAUAUGGAGGACUUUUAGCACAUUUCAACAUUGUGGAAGCCAAUAUGCAGUAUCGCCGAGCCGAAGCCAGCGCUCUGUUGCAGGAUGGUGAAGUUAUAAUGAGUAUAACUAACUUUCCUAGAUUGGGUUGUACAAACUUCACAAGUCCACCUUAUAAACCAACUCCUAAUGAAGGCGUUACCAGAUCUCAUUAUUUCCCAGACGAGGGAAUAUAUCAAGGACAUCCAAGAUUUAAGACUCUGACUUCAAAUAUAAGACUGAGAAGAGGCGAAAAGGUUGCUAUAAAUAUACCAGUGUUUCGUGAUGUAAAUACAAAGAUACCAGUGGAUAACUCUCAUACACUUGAGCCGGAUGCAGCAAAGCCAGAUUGCGUGUAUAUGGACGCAAUGGGUUUCGGUAUGGGCUGUUGCUGUUUGCAACUCACCUUUCAAGCAUGUUGCAUUACCGAGGCACGCACUCUGUACGAUCAGCUAGCCCCUUUAUGUCCAAUAAUGUUGGCGUUAUCGGCAGCGUCUCCCAUAUACCGUGGCUACCUCACCGACGUGGAUUGUCGUUGGAACGUAAUUUCUGCAUCUGUGGACUGCCGCACGCGCGAGGAGAGAGGCCUCGAGCCGCUCAAGAACAAUAAGUUUCGAAUCCAAAAGUCGCGCUAUGAUUCAAUCGAUUCCUAUCUCUCACCACAAAAUGAAAAAUACAACGACAUUCCAAUCGUGCACGAUCAGAAUAUCUACAAGCGACUCCGCGAGGGCGGAAUCGACCACCCCCUCGCCCUGCACGUGGCACAUCUCUUCAUACGAGACACCGUCUCUCUCUUCUCUGAAAAAGUUCACCAGGAUGACGAAAACGAUACUGAUCAUUUUGAGAAUAUACAGUCGACGAAUUGGCAGACCAUGAGGUUCAAGCCGCCGCCCCCGAACUCGUCGAUCGGUUGGCGCGUAGAGUUCCGCCCCUGUGAAGCUCAACUCACGGACUUCGAGAACGCGGCCUACGUCUGCUUUGUUGUCCUGCUCACACGGGUCAUACUCUCCUAUCAACUCAAUUUCGUCAUGCCCAUCAGCAAGGUGGACGAGAACAUGCAGCGUGCCCAGCGUCGAGGCGCGUGUCUGAACGAGAAGUUCUGGUGGAGGCGUGACGUGGGCGCGCCACGCGACGUCGCGCCGCCGCACAGCGACGCCACCGACGAGUACCACGAGAUGUCCAUCAACGACAUCGUCAACGGAAAGGAGGGCGUGUUCCCCGGACUGAUCCCGCUGAUCGAGUCCUACCUGUCCGGAAUGGACGUGGACGCGGACACGCACUGCUCCGUGCAGCAGUACCUCAAGCUCAUCCAGCGCCGCGCCGCCGGGGACAUCGUCACCACGGCCUCCUGGCUGCGAGCCUUCGUCACUAACCACCCGCAUUACAAGAAAGACUCCGUUGUGACCGAGAAGAUUAACUAUGAUUUGCUCAAGACGGCGCACGGAAUACAGGACGGAAGUAUCCCCGCGCCGACGCUGCUGGGCGGCGGCAACGUUUCGAAAACAAACGAAGACAUUCCUAAAGCAUUCACAAAGAUGAUGAGCAGGGAUUGCUCUUAACCCACUGGAUAGCGUUACACCGCGUGUAGUGCCUUGUGUGCUGCAAUUGCACUCGACUUAGACCUACUUAGAUACUUUUAGUGGUACUUACGGUUGCCUUAUACAUGUUUACUUCUACGAAUAUCUAAAAUUCCGUACACGAUAAUUAUUGUUGGAUACGCGUAAUAUUUGUAGUUCAAUUACAUACUAUAGUAGAAUUAUUUUGUCCGUGCAGUUUGGGUCAUAAAAAAUCGGAGCGGUGAAGCGAGUAUUUCGAUCUCUCUUCCACUCACGAGCCUUAUG